AAUUUUAUUUGAAGACGUAACUCCGGGGAGGAGAAUGAUAAAGCAGGUGUUGAUUGGUACUGUGUGUGGUGCUGUCGUACUGACCGUAGGUAUCCUAAUCGGCCACUACGGCAUCACCAAGAGCAGCAGCUCGGCACCGUCCUGGGUGAAGGAUGUGGCGAAGGAUGUGGACGAGAGCUUCAUUGAGAAGUUCUUGUCUGAGGUGGACAACAUUCAGAUUCAAGAAAACCUCCGGGAGCUGACCAAAGUGCCUCAUAUGGCCACCACAAAAGGAGAUGAGCAGACUGUGCAGUAUAUGCUAAAGAGAUGGCAGGACCCCGAGACCGGGCUAGACCAGGCCUGGAGAGAAGAGUACAUGGUCUAUUUGUCCUUCCCCGACCCCAAGAACCCCAACAAGGUCACUGUAGUGAGCCCGUCUGAUACUGUGCUGCACACUGCCAGAGAAAAAGAGAAGAUUUAUACUUUAGACCAAAAUGAUCCUGAGGUGGUUCAGCCGUAUGCUGCAUACUCUCCUGCUGGACAUCCAAAGGGGAAACUGGUGUACGCCAACCAGGGGAAACCAAGUGACUACGCGCUGCUGAACCAGACGCUGGACCUUAGAGGAACCAUCGCUAUCACCAGAUAUGGUGGAGCAGGAAGAGCUGCUAAAGCCAUCAAUGCAGCACCCUAUGGUGUUCUUGGUGUGCUUGUGUACACUGACCCUUUUGACAUCAACGACGGUCUCAUGUCAGACGUCAAUGAGACGUAUCCUCACUCCUGGUACAUGCCACCCUCUGGUGUGGAGAGAGGUUCCUUUGUAACUGACUAUGGAGACAUGCUCACUCCCUACCUGGCUGCCAAAGAGGAGACCUACAGAAUUCCUCUUGAGGACGUCACAGGGAUCCCUCCCAUUCCAAUUCAACCCAUCGGAUUUGAGGAUGCAUACACGCUGAUCUGUGAGCUGGGUGGAAAUGCAGCUCCAGAGACAUGGAGGGGAGCAUUCAACUGUACCUACAACUUCGGCGGUCCAGGGUUUAAACCAACAUCCGUUUUCAACAACUGUGAUGUGAAACUGGACAUAUUCAACUAUGCGGAGGUGAAGAACUCCUCCAACGUGAUGGGAGUUAUCAGAGGGAGCGUCGAGCCAGACAGGUAUGUGAUCUACGGGAACCACAGGGACAGCUGGGUUCAUGGUGCCAUCGACCCGAGCAGCGGGACGGCGGUGAUGCUGGAAUUGACCAGAGUGCUGAGCAAGAGGGUCAAGGAGGGCACAUGGAGGCCUCGCAGGUCCAUUAUCUUUGGGAGCUGGGGGGCGGAGGAGUUCGGCCUUAUUGGGUCUGCAGAAUAUGCCGAGCAAUACUUCGCCAAGCUCAGCGAACGAACCGUUGCUUACAUCAAUGUGGACAUAGCUGUUUUUGCCAACGCCACUCUCAGGGCUUCUGGGAUGCCAUCGCUACAAAACGUCAUCUUCAAAGCUGCAAAACAGGUCGAUGCACCUGGACUGGACUCCACAUCUGUGUACGAUAACUGGAUCCAAUAUGCCAACAGGACAAGCCCGACCCAUGGAAACAUUCCCAAGAUGGGAUACCUGACAGGAGCGGGAAGUGAUUACGCUGCCUUUGUGCAUUACCUGGGAAUCACUUCCAUGGACAUUUCAUACACAUACGAUCGGAGUAAAACAAGUGCACGGAUUUACCCUGCAUACCACACAGCAUAUGAUACCUUUGACUAUGCUUCAAGGUUCAUUGAUCCUGGGUUUGUCAGUCAUCAGGCCAUUGCCAGAACAGCAGGAAAUGUCCUGAUCCGACUGGCUGACAGCCUGCUGUUGCCAUUAAACUGCAGUGACUAUGCUGAGACUCUGGAGGACUACCUCGACAUGGCAGUGAACCAAUUUCAGCAUCAACUGCAGAGCAGGAAAAUCUCCAUGGAACCACUAAAACAAGCAGUGGCCAGCUUCCGCAGUGCCGCUACUCAUUUGGACCAGGUGAUUCGCACCUCAGACCUGGCAAAUGAAACACCGCUGAAGGUCAGAAGGAUCAACGACCAGCUUAUGCUGCUGGACCGAGCUUUUUUGGACCCUCUGGCCUUUCCAGAUAAAUAUGCAUUCAGGCACGUUAUCUGGACUUCAAGUAGUGCUCACAUACCGACCUUCCCGGGUCUGGCUGAUGCCUUUGCCAGCGCUGAGUCAUCAGAAGAGUCCAGCGCCUGGGACAGAGUGCACUAUCACCUGUCCGUCCUGAGUCAGGCCAUCGAGGGAGCUGCGCACACGCUGGCUGAAGUCAUAUAGACGAAGAAAGAGAGGAAGGUGGGAGGAACUGCACUUGCUCAGGGAUAUUUUUUUUCUUUAAGUAGGGAGCCUUCAGCCAAUAAGCACAUAGUUUUACUAUGAUGAUACUAAAGGAGGAAACCACCUAAAUUAAGUAUUCCAAUGUGUUAUUUCCAUUAGUUUAAGCACUCUAGUUUUUGGAUUUGGUUGAGUUGUUCAUGUUUACUAAAAUUUUUGGACUGUCUUAGACCAUAGGAAUAACAUAUGAAUUUUGAAAAUGGGUGUUGUUACCCUUUAAGCAAGAGGAUUUAGGAAUCAGUGAACAAAGCUCAUCACCAAACAACAUGAAUGGGAUCCUCUGUCUUGU